AAAAUAAAAAAAUAAUAAAAAUAAAUAAAAAUUUCAUUCAUAAGAUUGGAGGGAGGAGCAGAAGUUCGGGUUUUUCUUCAUCUCGUCCUUCUGUUGGUUCUUUCGCCGCCGGCCGCUAUUUUAUCUCUCCAUUUUCUUUUUUCAUUUCCCCUUUUUUUUAUAUGUUAGAAAUAAAUUAAAAAAAAAUCAACCCAAAAAAUAGUAAAAUCUCCGCCGUACGACCACCGUGGUCUCCGCCAUCUUCAACCGUCGAUCUGGUGGUUGUAUCGCAUUAUUCUCUUUCUCUCUCCUCAAAUUAGGGAUUUUCUGAUUUGUUCGAUGUAAAUUUUCUUCGCAAUCGGUAGCUUAAAUUGGUGGAUAAUCGAAGUUGAGAUUGGGGCAUGGGUCGAAGUUUGGUGAAUCGGCCGACGAAUGAGUUGAAGAUUAAGACAUUGUAUUUGGUUGUUAGGUUUAGUUGAUAAUUUUGCGAAUUUAGGGAAAUCAUUUUGCUGCUGCUGCUGUUGUCGUUGCUGCUGUAAUUUGGUGGUGUUGAGAUUAUAUUAUAAGUUGUUUAGAUUAAGAAUUUGUUGUUGAGGGGCAAUGUUUGGAUCCAAUCCGGAUUCUGGUAAUCAUGGUAACACUGGACUUCCUGGAAACAUUUUAAUUCCGUUUCGUUUCGUAUGGCCGUAUGGAGGAAGGAGGGUUUACCUCACCGGUUCGUUCACCGGGUGGUCGGAGCAUAUUCUCAUGUCACCAAUGGAGGGGUGCCCUACUGCAUUUCAAGUUGUUUGGAACUUAACCCCGGGAUAUCAUCAGUACAAGUUUAAUGUCGAUGGUGAAUGGCGUCAUGAUGAACAUCAGCCUUUUGUUAGUGGAACUUAUGGAGUUGUCAACACUGUGCUUCUAGCGAGGGAUUCUGACAUGGGUCCUACUGUAUUCAGUGCUGAUACUCCCGAUAGAUCCAACAUGGAGGUGGAUGAGAACAUGUUUGUUCGUCCGGCGGCUACACCUGAUGGAAUGUUGCGGGAGCAAGUUUCAGAUGCUGAUGUACAGGUUUCUCGUCAUCGUAUAUCUCUGUUUUUGUCACAACACACAGCAUAUGAGUUAUUGCCAGAGUCAGGCAAGGUUGUGGCCUUGGAUGUCACUUUACCGGUUAAACAAGCUUUUCAUAUCCUUUAUGAACAGGGAGUCCCUGUUGCUCCUUUAUGGGAUUUUGGCAAGGGUCAUUUUGUUGGAGUUCUUAGUGCAAUUGAUUUCAUUCUAAUUUUGAGAGAGCUUGGAAAUCAUGGCUCAAAUUUGACGGAAGAAGAGCUGGAGACUCAUACGAUAUUGGCAUGGAAAGAUGGAAAAAUUCGUGUCAACAGACAAAUUGAGGGUUGUGGGAGGCUGUAUGCCAGACAGCUUAUAAAUGCUGGGCCUUAUGAUUCAUUGAAAGAUGUGGCUUUGAAAAUUUUGCAAAACAAAGUAUCCACAGUUCCAAUUAUACACUCAUCGUCCCCAGAUGGUUCUUUCCCCCAGCUGCUACAUCUUGCUUCCUUGUCUGGAAUUCUAAAAUGUAUUUGCAGACACUUUAAACACUCUAGCAGUUCUUUGCCUAUUCUUCAGCAACCAAUUUGUUCAGUUCCUUUGGGUACUUGGGUUCCCAAGAUUGGGGAAUCAAGUCAACUGCCAUUUGCUACCCUGAAACCAAAUGCCUCUCUUGCGGCUGCACUGUCUUUGCUUGUCCAAGCGGAUGUGAGUUCGGUACCUAUAGUUGAUGAAAAUGACUCGUUACUGGAUAUAUAUUCUCGAAGUGAUAUCACUUCUUUAGCAAAAGACAGGGCGUAUGCACAAAUUCAUCUUGAUGAAAUGAGUGUUCAUCAGGCACUUCAACUAGGACAAGACGCUACUUCUCCAUCAGGAGCAUUCAAUGGACAAAGAUGUCAGAUGUGCUUGUCCUCAGACUCUCUACAAAAGGUCAUGGAGCGGCUUGCGAAUCCAGGUGUCAGAAGGCUUGUGAUUGUGGAAGCUGGCAGCAAGCGUGUUGAAGGCAUUAUUACAUUGAGCGAUGUAUUCAGAUUCUUGCUUGGCUAGCGUUCUGCUCAAAUGUUCUUGGCAUAGAAACUUUGGAGCAAUUCUUCCAUAAUGUAAACACCCCUGUUACUCUGCCGUGCCUUCACAUGUGACAGAUGGCUUCAUUAGUUGCAUUAGUCUCUGAUUGUUCUUGUGGGCGAUGUUCUUUCGAGCCCCAUUGUUUUUAGGAUACAGGGCAAGGAAAAAAAAAAGAAAAAAAAAAAAAGAAUUUGUAAAUUGAAGAGAUUGGAAAUUUUCCCAUUUCACCCUUUUUUUAUAACCAGAAUUCAUGUCGAUUCCCACA